AUGCUGCGUGUGGCGACACUCAUUCAAGCUCGCGGCGCGCGCGCGGCGACCGUCGGUCAGUUCCUCCGCGUGACGAAGACAACGCGUGCACCAGGUGCUUAUCGUGCGUUCUCUCAUACCCCCAUUGCCAACAAGGAUGAAGCCACGGACUUGUCGGCGGUCGACAACUUGACCGCGAUUCAGCAUAAUGUGGACGCCGUUGCGGCACACAAUGCGGUGGACGCAUUCCAAACUGCUGUCGCCCCCGUCACGGUUGAUAUGGGUUACUCGUUGGCGGAGAUGGCCAUCCGCACGAUGGACGUUGUCCAUGCUAUGUCGGGUUUGCCUUGGUGGGCCACGAUCAUCGCCACGACGGUAAUCGUCCGGUCGGCGUUCUUCCCCAUCUCGAUCAUGUCGAUGAAAAACUCGGCUCGCAUGGGAAUUCUGCAACCCAAGCUGGAGAAGCUACAGAACGAAAUCAAAAACUCGCCAGAUGCGUACGACCCGGCCAAGAUGACAGAAUUCCGAGCACGGGCGCAGGCCCUCUUCAAGGAGCACAAGGUCCGCCCGUUCAUGUCGUUCCUUAUGCCGAUUUCGCAGCUGCCGAUUUUCCUUGGCUUUUUCUGGGGCCUUCAAGAUAUCUCCAAGUACAUUCCUGGCUACGCCACUGAUGGCGCGUUCUGGUUUGAGAACUUGGCUGCCCCCGACCCGACCUACGCAUUGCCUGUGAUUUCGUCGGCGCUCAUGGUGGCUUCUCUCGAGGCCGGCGGCGAAGGCAUGCCUCCCGAGUACAUCGACAAGGCCAAGAUGGGGAUGCGGGCGGUCGCGUUAAUCAUGAUUCCCGUCGCGAUAAAUUUUGAAUCGGGCAUUUUGCUGUACUGGGUCACUUCCAACAUCUUUACGUUGACGCAAACGCUCGUGCUCAAGAUCCCUGGGCUCAAAGCUGCGUUGGGCAUCCCGUCCCCAGUUGCCCCUCCGCCGUUGAUGACUGCCAGCGUGUCCAAGUUCCCCUCGCCCUUCCAAGCCGCUGUCGCGCAAGCCCAGAAGAACCAGCCGUUCAUCAAGACGUACGCGAAUAAACCGGCGGGAAAAGGCGCUGCAUCCAAGAAGCAAACCCCUUAGAGACUCAAUCUAGCUUCCCCUGUCUUCGUUCGAGCUGUACUUAACAACGACUGGCCUUUCUUUUCGA